AUGCGAGAAUUAUGCGACGAGCUAGACAUAAAGAAUGACGUCUUAACGCCUCAUCACCCUCAAGUAAACGGACAAGUUGAGACAGUGAACAAGACUAUCAAGCACACCCUGAAAAGGAAACUUGACACCUCAAAAUGGGCUUGGGUGGAUGAACUCCCCCACGUCCUCUGGGCCAUCAGAACAUUUAGUCGAACUGCAACAGGGGAAACACCAUUCUCGAUGAUCUAUGGAGCCGAGGCCAUAAGCUCGAUCGAGGUCGGGGUCCCAUCAUACCGUCGGAUACACUUCAACGAGAUCAGCAACGAUGAGACUCGAAUAAACGAACUCUACCUCCUUGAAGAAAGAAGGGAUGCUUCCCAAGUGAACUUGGCAAAGCCUAAGCCAUUACAAAGUUGGCCCUAUUCUACUGGAGGAUCUUCUCGGACCGCUUCUGCCUCGACCGCCUCCGGGGCCUCCAGACCUUCUUUAGCAAGCUUAUUAAGCCGGCCUCCAGUUGGUCCCCUGAACUCUGCCAUCAAAGAGGAGAUGUCCAGGGUGGGAUGGACCUCUUUCAGCCAACCCAGCAAGCCUUAG